AUAUCUACUUUUUCGUCCUUGGGAUAGACCAACUGUUGUGGUCGUUAAAACCUCUGUCCCUGUUAAGACUGAUAAUACUGGUACUAAAUCAUCAGCUGAAACCGCAUAGCUCCAUAAAUCUCCAUUAAUGGAGACUCUAAACCCCACUAAACCUUCAACGCCAUCUCUCCUGAAAACCCAUUUUCUCAAAUCCUCUCCUCUCAUUAACUCCACCAUCAAAUUAAAACCCCAAAUUCGCAGCCUUUACAACAGGAGAACGCUUUCUUUAACCAUCACUUGCAAACUGAAAACCUCUAAAGAUAUAAAAAACAAAGACAAGAAUGUUUCCAGGAAGAUUCUUUUGUCAGAUUUAGCUCCUCCAGUUUCAGAAGAAAGUGGUUCUGGCAAUGGGGUGGUUCCACCGAAGGCAGCAGGAGGUGGAGGUGGCGGUGGUGGACCAUUGGGUUUUGUGAAGAGGUUGCCUAGAAGGGUUUUGUCUGUUUUGUCUAAUUUGCCUUUGGCUAUUGGAGAAAUGUUUGCUAUUGCUGCGCUAAUGGCUCUAGGUACUUUCAUUGAUCAAGGGGAGGCUCCUGAUUUCUAUUUCCAAAAGUACCCUGAAGAGAAUCCUGUGUUAGGAUUCUUCACUUGGAGGUGGAUUCUCACCCUUGGAUUUGAUCACAUGUUCUCAUCUCCUGUUUUCCUGGGACUGUUGGCUCUCUUGGGAGCAUCUCUUAUGGCCUGCACUUAUACCACACAGAUUCCCCUGGUUAAGGUUGCAAGAAGGUGGAAUUUUUUACACUCAGCUGAAACAAUCCGUAAGCAGGAAUUUUCAGACAUAUUGCCCAGGGCAUCCGUUCAAGAUUUGGGUGUUAUUCUGAUGGGAGCUGGAUAUGAGGUGUUCUUGAAAGGACCAUCUUUAUAUGCCUUCAAGGGUUUGGCUAGCCGGUUCGCCCCUAUUGGAGUACAUUUAGCAAUGCUCCUGAUAAUGGCAGGGGGAACUCUUAGUGCUGCUGGGAGCUUCAGAGGCUCAGUCACUGUUCCACAGGGGUUGAAUUUUGUUGUAGGAGAUGUGUUGGCUCCAACUGGGUUUCUGUCUACUCCCACUGAAGCUUUCAAUACGGAGGUGCAUGUCAACAGAUUCUACAUGGACUUCUAUGAUAGUGGAGAGGUCUCACAAUUUCACACUGAUCUUUCACUAUUGGAUUUUGAUGGGAAGGAGGUGUUGAGGAAAACAAUUAGUGUAAAUGAUCCUUUGCGCUAUGGUGGGAUUACUAUAUACCAGACAGACUGGAGCUUUUCUGCCCUACAGAUACUUAAAAAUGAUGAAGGACCUUUCAAUUUGGCUAUGGCACCUUUAAAGAUCAAUGGUGAUAAGAAACUCUUUGGAACCUUUUUACCAGCUGAGGAUGUUAAUUCUCCUAAUGUCAAGGGAAUAUCAAUGCUUGCACGUGAUCUACAAUCCAUUGUUCUUUAUGAUCAAGAUGGGAAGUUUGUGGGAGUCCGACGACCUAACUCUAAGCUUCCAAUUGUCAUAGAUGGAACAAAGAUUGUUAUUGAAGAUGCAAUUGGUAGUUCUGGUCUUCAACUAAAGACCGAUCCAGGGGUACCAGUUGUGUAUGCUGGAUUUGGUGCCCUAAUGCUAACAACUUGCAUCAGUUACUUGUCUCACUCACAGGUAUGGGCCUUGCAAGAUGGAACAGCAGUAAUUGUUGGAGGGAAGACUAACCGAGCAAAGGCUGUAUUUGAAGAUGAAGUAAAUCGUUUGCUCGAUCACGUUCCUGAGAUAGUCGAAUCUUCAUCUCUUUCCAAGCAAUCUGACAUCAUUAGUGGCUAGGUUUUGGGCAUCACAUCAAAAUUUUUUUUAAGGUAAAACCAAGAUACAACUCAAUUCAUUUGGUUAUGCAGCUUGAUGAAUGACAGCACUCGUGUUUUUAUCAGAAUACAGUUCAUAGAUCCAUAGAAUAUCUUCCUAAAUGUAUAUUUGUUUGCAUUACUCAGUAUAUACAUACUUCAGUAUAAUUAUGCACUUACUUGAUUUGGAGGUUCCUCUGUACAUUGUGUCUCUCACUGUUGCUUCCUUGCAGAUCCACCAAUUUUGUAUCAAGCAGAUAUUAUUUGAAUACAUUAUCAUUAUUUAUUGUCA